ACUCAGCUGGGGACAGGAGCCUUUCUGCCCUCCAGCUGAGCAGCAGGUUAGGGUUGGGGUUAGGGUUAGGACUUGGACCAGCUGUAUUGGCCGCAGCGCAAGAGGCACUAUGGUGAACACCUCAACUGCCUGCAGCAGUUUCACCCGGCUGGGGCCAAUGCAGCUUUUUUCAACAUCUCAGUUUAUUGCCAAGCCACAAUGUUUGGCUGAUGAAACGCCGCCAUGUUGAAAGCCCAACAUUGCCCAGCCCUAAAGUAUACGGUAGCACAAGCCAUGUAAGUGAUAACAAGCCACAAGUAUUUUUAAUAGUUUUCACGUUAAAGGCCCUUAUGGCACAUAUCCGUGGGAUGGCUGAGCUUGCAUAUUGCCGGGUAUGUCAAAAGUCGUCUCGUUAUUGAUAACAUAGCCUGCGUUUCUGUUUCACCUUCAUAGCAGUCACUGCCGAAAAACCUGUCUUGCAAAGAUACGCACUGCCCAAAUGAUCACAACACAGAUACGGCUUCGUUGGCAAGCUCAGGAUGCUCAGUGGUAACAGGAAACCAAAAUUUGGAUAACCUUGCUUUCGAAAAAUGUACCUGUGAGGGCCCUAGCACACAGCAGUUCAAUGAGUUGCGCUUUUUGUGCAAAGACAACUUUGCGACGUCAGCUGCAAAUGGGUUUUGUGCUCGUUCAAGCUUCUCUAUUAAUGCAAAGACUUCAAAUCACCCUGGGCUUAACUGCUGGUCACAGAUUGCCACAAGGUGCUCACAUAGAGGGUUAUUUUGAGUGACUAUUACGUACAGCUCUCACCUCUGAUGUGCGAGUGUGUGUGCAAAAAGGAAAGCUUAAAAAUGGGUGUGCCAUUGUACGAUGAGCUAAAGUACAUGUGAUAAACUUUCGCCUGCCGCCUACUGAGUCAGAGAACUAGGAGUAGCACUGCACAGACAAGACAGGUAGGAAUACAACUCUUCUUGCUCCAGUCCAAGAAUACUACACCUGCCUAUUGCAUAUGCUAUGAAUGAGACAUGUGCCACAAGCUUACCAUUAAGGCUGGGUGAUAGCUAGUUUUCAACAUCAAUAUAUACCACCAGCUAAGCAUCGUGAUAUACUGAUAUAUCACAAUACCUGAAAUAAGAAUGGAGCUAUGUAGAGGCAUUGGCUAGCUUCAUGGUUUGGGCAUAACACACUCACCCACACACCAUGUUUGCAAUAUAUUUCAAGGUCAAAAAUUAUGAAACUGAUACCACGAUACGGAAUUCAAACCGGUUUUGGAUAAAGUAUCGAUAUAUCACCCAGCCCUACAUACCACCCAGGCCGCUGGUGAAAUUUUUGGCUUUAGAGAAGUUGUUCUGAUGUGCCUUCUAUAUAUAUUUCCAAAACCAGCAACUUUGAACUCUUGACAACUUUCAGAAAGCUUGCUGGGUUAGUCUGAUAUUGCAGAUGCAUCAAAUAGUCUUUCUUGCAUCCUAAUGACUAACGUUUAUUGCAGAAUUAUCUUUUUAAAACCAGAUGGAUGGUGUGCUUUUGCUUAUGCUGUGGGGGGUUGUUGGUAGGAAAUGGUUUAUGAAACAAUACUGAACCAACUGAGCAGAUGAGAGUGCUUUCUUUGUAUUCUUGUGUUUCUGACAUGAGGAAGGUGGGUUCUCUUUUAGGAGGAGGAAGGAGAAGAAGUAACUGAAAUGUGGCCCUUAAGUGUGUUUGACCAAGCUUCAUGUUCCUGCUAAUUGCCUCUGGACAGAAGGUUCAACCUCAGGCUUCCCUAUAUAUUUAUAUUUCCACCUUUUUGAACGAAUCAGUAGGCACAAAAAGCCAGGCUGGCAACAGAGACAAUCGUUACGUUGUGUAUCACCGCUUUUGCGUAUUUUAAUAACAACAUUUGUGCAGAUCUAUACUGCCAAACACUAGCCAAUCGUUAAAUCUUUUAAACGCAUACUUCGCACUUUGCUAAUUAUUACCCCUGAACUUCUCUACCCCUCUUUUAACGUUUUGCAGGUCUAAUCUGGCUGGUGGAAUUUAAAGAACAUUCUCGCGAUGGAGGGGGAACAGCAGCAGGAGAUGGCUACAGAACCAGCGCCUUCACCUGAGGCACAAGGAGAUGGGCCGAAAGAAGCUGCGGACAUUGCGUCAAAUAUUUCUGAUGCUGAUGCUUUAAAAAUACUUUUGGAGAUGAAGAUGAAGAGGAGAAAGCAGAAGCCCAGCCUCCCAAGCACCGUGACGGAACUUUCCACCGAGGAGGGCUCCAAAGUAUAUGUUGUUGGCACUGCCCACUUCAGUGACAGCAGCAAAAGAGAUGUAGUGAAGACAAUACAAGAAGUACAGCCUGAUGUGGUUGUGGUUGAGCUGUGCCAAUACAGAGUUUCUAUGUUAAAAAUGGAUGAAAAGACAUUGCUAAAGGAAGCCAAAGAAAUCAAUCUGGAGAAACUUCAGCAAGCUAUAAAGCAGAAUGGAGUCAUGUCUGGGUUGAUGCAAAUGCUGCUGCUGAAAGUCUCUGCACAUAUCACAGAACAGCUGGGAAUGGCUCCCGGAGGGGAGUUCAGGGAGGCUUUCAAGGAGGCUAGUAAAGUACCUUUCUGCAAAUUUCAUCUUGGGGACAGGCCAAUCCCGGUGACUUUCAAGAGGGCCAUCGCUGCACUUUCUUUUUGGCAAAAGGUCAAGCUAGCUUGGGGCCUCUGCUUCCUUUCUGACCCAAUCAGUAAAGAUGAUGUGGAGAAGUGUAAACAGAAGGAUCUGCUGGAGCAAAUGAUGGCUGAGAUGAUUGGCGAGUUUCCUGAUCUUCAUCGAACAAUCGUCUCAGAAAGGGAUAUUUACUUGACUUACAUGUUGAAGCAAGCUGCAAAGCGAACAGAACUACCUCGUGCAUCCGAAGCUGAACCUAGAAGAUGUGUCCCUUCCAUCGUAGUUGGGGUGGUUGGAAUGGGUCAUGUGCCUGGGAUCGAAAAGAACUGGAAUACAGACUUGAACAUCCAGGAAAUAAUGAGUGUGCCGCCUCCAUCAACCUCAAGUAAAAUCCUCAAGUUUGCUAUAAAGGCCACAGUAUUUGGACUAGUGGGCUACGGCUGCUAUAGGAUGGGACAAAGGACAGUUCGGUUUAUUCUCUCCAUGCCCAUUGCACAGAACUAUCUUCAGAAACUGGCAGAUGUCAAGCUUCGGCACUGAAUUGGAAGAUUCUCCAAGUAGCUGGGGCAAGAUCUAACAUACGUAAAAAUAGGUUGGAAAGGAGUGACUUGUCAAAUUUAACCAAAUUCUGUCCAGAGGUCUCAUUUGAUGCUGAGCUGCAGCAUAACCACCUAAGCAUUCGCCCACAAACCUGGUGAAAUGGGCAGCAUAAAAUUACAUGCAGUAUAGGGUACCUAAAGUAUGUACACAUAUAUAAUAUACUAUUAUGUGUAUAUAGUGCAUUUAUAAAGAUGGUGAUAUAAUGGAUCAACAACAUAGAAUCUAAUAUCCUAGGACACAAUUCACCGGAAACUUCCCCUUUGAAACGAAUGAGCCUGUACAAAGAUGCAGCUGUUCAUUUAAUUGAAGCUGGCACAGGAGAACUUGCUGGUGCAUUGUGUCCCAUGAUCUGUUCCUCCCCCCCC